CCCGCCCCCUCAAUAAGAAAAACUUCUCCGUCCCCAAACCCUUGCAGCCUCCUCACCUCAGAAACAAAAACUUCUCCACGCGAGAAUGGUUUCCGGCUCCGGGAUAUGUUCCAAGCGGGUGGUGGUGGAUGCCAGGCACCAUAUGCUUGGCAGACUGUCGUCGAUCAUAGCGAAAGAGCUCCUUAACGGCCAGAAAGUAGUGGUCGUUAGAUGCGAAGAGAUCUGCAUCUCAGGAGGACUUGUUCGCCAGAAAAUGAAAUACAUGAGAUUCCUCCGUAAGCGUAUGAAUACUAAGCCUUCUCAUGGUCCCAUCCAUUUUCGCGCUCCUGCGAAGAUUCUAUGGCGCACUAUUCGUGGAAUGAUACCUCACAAGACGAAGCGUGGAGCCGCGGCGCUUGCUAGAUUUAAGGCAUAUGAGGGGAUUCCACCCCCCUAUGAUAAGAUCAAGAGAAUGGUUAUCCCUGAUGCUCUCAAGGUUUUGAGGCUUCAGGCUGGACAUAAGUAUUGUUUGCUGGGCAAGCUUUCAUCUGAGGUUGGGUGGAACCACUAUGAGACUAUUAAGGAGCUUGAGAGGAAGAGAAAGGAGAGAGCUCAGGUUGCAUAUGAGAGGAAGAAGCAGUUGACGAAAUUGAGGGUUAAAGCUGAGAAGACUGCUGAGGAGAAGCUUGGCCCCCAGCUUGAAGUUAUUGCACCUAUCAAGUAUUAAGUUAUUUAUAUUGAAAAAACCAUGGGACAGCUGAGUUGCAGUUAAAUUUCUUUAGUAUUUUGUUACAAUGUUUCUGUCCGCUUGUGCAGGGUACAUCUGCCUAGCUGCAAUUUUUCAAGUAGAAGAUGUCAUGUUAUAAAUUGUUAUCUGACUUGGGUUUUCAAAUUAGAAAUGUUUGUGUCAUUAA